AUGAGUGAGCUUAUCAGCAGAAGAUAUUUCAGCUACGAGAAAAUCCAGGUGGACGUUCAAAUGUACGCCAAGACACAUGGUUUUGCUGUUAAUUUCAGCAUCAACGGUCUUAGAAAUAUGGUUUACUGUCAGUGCACGUGCAAAGGGGAGUAUAUCGAUGAACGAGGCGAUCAACGUCAGCGCAACAAGAGUACCAAGAAGACAGGCUGUUGUUGGCGUGUAACCGUCUCGCUGCCAAAGAAGUCCCAAGUGUCGGGCCAAGAACCACAAUGGGAAGUUCGAUAUGUACAUAUCUACUCUGGAGAGAAAUACAGUAUCAAGAAAGGCAAGACCACUGUCUCAACUGAAGACUCCAGUGACGUGGUGCACCACAACCAUCCACUUGUCCAAGACGUCAAGGCUCUGUCCAAGGUGUAUCAUUAG